AUGUUGGCUCAGUCCACCAGUGAGUGUGAAAGGUUUUCAAUGCUUUGGUUCUUUGUGUCUGACUUCACGGAGGUAAGUGUUGCAAUCCGUCAGGAUAUUGACUGCGAGGGGGAGGUGGUUAUUCGCCCUACUGGUUAUAGGCCGUACAGCGGCGUACGCAAAUUGCUUGAUGUUUCAAAUGACACGGUUGCUGCAUGGCCGUGCGACUGGCCCGAAAUCAAAGACGCUGAAUCUGUGUAUUAA